AUGAUCCACCCCAAGAGACUUGCUCAGUUGGUGAGGAAGUGGCAAAGGGUCAAGCAGGUAGCAUCCAGAGACGACGAAGUAUGCUGCACGACAUCGCCAGUCGCAGAUAAAGGUCACUGUGCCAUCUACACGGCUGAUGGGAGGCGGUUCGAGGUCCCGUUGGAGUAUCUUGGCACGACAGUAUUUGGCGAGCUGCUAAGGAUGUCCCAGGAAGAGUUUGGGUUCACAUGCGACGGCAGGAUAACACUGCCCUUUGAUGCAGCAGUGAUGGAGUAUGUCAUGUGCUUGCUCAGUAGAAAUGCAUCGGAGGAAGUAGAGAGGGCGUUACUGAGCUCUGUAGUGAUGCCUUGCCAAUAUCUAAGUUGUACGGUGCCACAUGUAACGCUGCACCAGCAGCUUGCAGUUUGUAGCUCCUGA